AUGUCGGUAGAUAAGGCAGAUGAGCCCAUGCUGCCAGCCGUCUCCUUUUUCGACCCUGCGUUGAAGGAGGUCCGGCGGCGAGUGUUCUAUCAAUGGAGCCGGACUGUUUUCAUCCUCUGCGUCUUCGUGUUCACCGUGCUAUCCCUCUUCUGGGGCUCCCAAUACAGCACUGAAAGCAAGUACUCCGAGCUCAAAGUCUGGGUGGUCGACUUCGACGGCCAAACCGACGCCUACCGCACCAGCGACCCCAUCGUCGGGCCCGCCGUCACAAAUGCAACACAAUCCAUUCUCGCCUCGCCAGGUCUGCACCUGGGCUACAUCAUCAAGAAUGCCAGCAGCUUCAACAACGACCCCUGGGCCGUCCGUCAAGGCGUCUACGAUGAGCACGCCCACGCCGCAGUCAUCAUCAACCCCAACGCCACGACCCUCUUGCAGGCCGCAAUUUCGCGCCACAACACCAGCUACGACCCGGCCGGCGCCAUACAGACGGUGAUCAUCACGGCCCGCGACGAAGACACCUACUACCACUACGUCCAGCCAGACCUCGCCAUUUUUGAGAACACGGUACUCGCCUCCUUCGGCCCACAGUGGGCCCGCCAGCUCGUCACAUCCGGGGUAAACCUAACCGCCACGCCCCCCCAAGCGAUCAACCCAGCCAUCGGCUUCACGCUCGUCGACCUCCGACCCUUCACGCCAGAUGUUGCCGCACCCGCGGUCACCAUUGGCCUCAUCUACCUCAUCAUCAUCGCCUUCUUCAACUUCCCCUUCCUAAUGCCCAUCCACGCGCAACUCAUAAAACCAACCCCAUCCCACCCGCCCCUCAAAUAUACGCAGUGGCUGGCCUGGCGCAUCGUCUCCAACAUAGCCGCUUACUUCUUCCUCUCGCUCUUCUACAGCCUCGUCUCGCUGGCCUUCGGCAUCCCAUUCUCCAAUCAGCCUGCACCCGAGACGCUCUCCGCGAAUAACCCUAACGCCUACGGCAAGGGCUCGUUCGUGGUGUUUUGGAUGCUGAACUGGGUCGGUAUGACGGCGCUGGGCCUUCCGUGCGAGAAUAUGGCUAUGGUGCUGGGUUUCCCAUGGAGUUCAUUUUUCCUCAUCUUCUGGGUUAUUACGAAUGUUGCGACGGGGUUUUAUGCCGUGGAGCUUGCCAGUGUGUUUUAUCGGUGGGGGUUUGUGUGGCCGUUGCAUCGGAUUGUCGAGGCGAUACGGACUAUCCUGUUUGGUACACACUCGCGCAUCGGGCUCGAUUUUGGGGUCCUGUUGAUUUGGGUCGUCGUGUCGAUUGCCUUUUUCCCCGUUGCGACCUUUAUCAUGCGGUGGAAGAUGAGGCGCGGAUUGGCGUGA